AGACAAAGCAUCAAGUAAACACCCCCACCCCCCACCCCUACACACCCCCCGAGAGAGAGUCAGACUCUCAGAGAGAACAAGAAAGAGAUCGGAAGGGAGCAGAGUUGAAGAUAGAGAGAGAGAGAUGGGUUGUUUCUCUCUGACUCUUUUUUCUCCUCUGCCAUCAUCACUCAACUCUUGGAAGCCCCAUAACCCCAUCAUCUUCUUCCCCACCACCACUCGCCCUAACCCAAACCCAAACCGCCUCUGCUUCUUCACAAACACUUCAUACUCCAAAACCAAGCUCAUCCCCCAUUCCUCUUCUCCAAAUGAUGCCUCCGCUAAUUCCGCUACUCCUUCGGGGGACAGCACCUCCAGCAAUUUCUGUAUUAUAGAAGGGCCAGAGACUGUUCAGGAUUUUGUUCAGAUGCAGCUCCAGGAAAUCCAAGACAACAUCAGAAGCAGACGCAAUAAGAUCUUUCUGCUCAUGGAAGAAGUGAGGAGGCUAAGAGUGCAACAACGUAUCAAGAGCAUGAAAGUUGCGGAUGAGAGUUGUGAAGUUGAAGAUGAGAUGCCGGAUAUCCCCUCCUCAAUUCCCUUUCUUCCUCAUGUGACACCGAAGACACUGAAGCAGCUCUAUUUAACAAGCUUUUCAUUUAUAUCCGGCAUUAUUGUCUUUGGAGGCCUGGUUGCGCCAAUUCUUGAGCUCAAAUUGGGUUUAGGUGGUACCUCAUAUGCAGAUUUCAUACGCAACAUGCAUUUGCCUAUGCAGUUAAGUCAGGUGGAUCCUAUUGUGGCCUCGUUUGCAGGCGGGGCGGUGGGGGUUAUUUCAGCACUGAUGCUGCUAGAGAUUAACAAUGUUGAGCAACAAGAGAAGAAAAGAUGCAAGUACUGCCACGGAACUGGAUACUUGGCAUGUGCCCGGUGUUCUGCAAGUGGUUUGUGUUUGUCCACUGAACCUAUAAUAACAAGUGCAACUGACCGCCCAUUGCGUGCCCCCACUACCAAAAGGUGUCUAAAUUGCUCAGGGGCGGGAAAGGUAAUGUGCCCGACAUGCCUCUGCACCGGGAUGAUGAUGGCAAGUGAGCACGACCCUCGAAUAGAACCAUUUGACUAGAAAGCAAAGCGCCUCCUAGUGCUGGUCUUGAAAGCUGUCUGCUGAUACCUUACUCUUAACUAUGUUUACCAACCAAAGAAGUGUAUCCCAAGAAGAGCAUACAGAAACAUGGAGAUGUAAUAAUAUGAAGUGGAACAGUGAUUUACAUUGUGCAAUAAAAGCAACGCUGAUGCGGUUUCUUGAAUGAUUUUUGAGUUUCUGAUAUGGUGGUAAUAGAGCUGUGACCCAUCAGUCUGUAUGAGUAGAAAGAGAGCUUUUGAUGGUCGGAGAGCAUCUUGAUGUUGUGUAUGGAUCACAAAUGAAUUUUUGUCG